AUGAUCUCGACGCAGCAAGUCACACUACGAACUACCAGCGACGUCAGGCCACCAAGCCAUCUCAUAAUGACGGUGGACCGCGAUGCCGCUGUCGAGGCCCUCAUUCACGAUGGCCGCCGAGCCUACGCAUCCAAACACUACAAGAACGCUCUAGAAUGCUUCACUCGUGCUAUGAAACGAUGUCCCUGUUCCAGAGGAACAAGACGGGAGAGGUGCACGUGCAAGGACUUCGAGAGGGUGUCAGCAGAGAAUGGCUCCAUCUAUCAAGAGGCCAUGUAUAACUGCAAGUGCACUGUGGGACAACUGUUCGGCAAAUGCGACAAUCUGCUCCACAUCCAGGCUCUCGACUACCGCGCUGCGACGUUCGAAUCGCUCAAGGAGCUCGAACGUGCUAGGAAGGACGCCGAAUGGAUACUCGAACUGGCACCGCGGCUCCCCGAGGGCUACCUCCGUCUGGGCAAGAUUGCUCGGCUCCAGAAGAAGUCGGAAUUCGCCUGGAAAGUUUAUAGUGCGGGUAUCGAGGCUGGUCUUUCCAACAAUAUCACCAAGGACGACCCCAAGAUAGCGGUGAGUCUGGCUGACCAAGAAGCAUGGCCCAAGGAGUAUACUGAUGACCUGUUUAGAAAUUGGUCGCUGCGCGAGAACCCCUUCACGCUCGCUUCUGUCGCAAAGACCCCCUGCAGCUACCCAUUGAUAUUGUUUAUCAAAUAUUCCAACACGUCGACUUUCCUUCUCAGCUGUAAGAACGCCACAUCGUGGACAAUGUAG